AUGGCCCAGGAGCCCCGGCAGACGGAUUUCCAGCUGGUGAGAGUCAAGAGCACGUGGAGCCGCAUCAAGAAAGGAGAAUCCCUUUGCAACGAUGAGGACGAGAUCACUCACUCUGAGGCAAAAAUAGGCGAGUGCAUCUCCAAAGAUGGGAUUUCCUGGAUAAUUGAAGCUCCCAUCUAUUUUUGCUACAAAGUGGUAGAAACGUACGACAUUCUGGAACCCUCCAACACCACUCUGCUCUGGGGUCACAUCACUGACCCCCAGCAAACAGAGCUCGCCACCGCCAGCAAGAGGAAACUGCGGCGCUUCAUCGUCAUCGACGAGGUCGUCGACAAACUUUACGGCUCCAGAGUCAGAGAGUACUUCGAAAAGAACAAUGUCCAGCACAAAAUCCUCGCCCUGCCGACCACCGAAGAAACAAAAUCCAUGGAGCUGGUGCUGAACAUCCUGCACGAGGUCCAGAGCUUCAGCCUGGACCGGCGGACGGAGCCCAUCAUCGCCAUCGGCGGCGGCGUGUGCCUGGACAUCGUCGGCCUCGCCGCGUCGCUCUACCGGAGACGCACGCCCUACAUUCGGGUCCCCACCACCCUCCUCUCCUACGUGGAUGCCAGCGUGGGGGCAAAGAAUGGGGUGAACUUUCUGCAGUGUAAGAACAAGCUCGGGGGCUACACACCCCCCGUGGCGAGUUUCCUGGAUAGAUCCUUCAUCCAGAGCAUCCCCCGGCGACACAUCUCCAACGGCCUCGGGGAAAUUUUAAAGAUGGCCCUCAUGAAACACAAAGGGCUGUUUGACCUGCUGAAGAACCAUGGCAAACACCUAUUGGACACAAAGUUCCAGUCCUGCAAUGGCUUUGCUGACCACAGGGACGCUGCACUGCAGACUACCAGGAUUGCCAUUGAAACCAUGCUGGAAGAGCUGGCUCCCAACCUCUGGGAGGAUGACCUGGACAGACUGGUUGAUUUUGGUCACCUUAUUAGCCCAGAGCUGGAAAUGAGGGUGCUGCCGUCGCUGAUGCACGGGGAGGCCGUCAACAUCGACAUGGCCUACAUGACCUACGUGGCGCACGCGCGGGGCCUGCUGGGCGCGCAGGAGAAGGAGCAGAUCCUGCAGUGCAUGAGGGGCCUGGAGCUGCCGCUCUGGCACGGCGCCCUGCCGCUCUGGCACGGCGGCUGCAGCUGGGCCCUGAUCCAGAGAGCGCUGCGGGAGCGCCUCCGCCACGGCGGGGGACAGCUGCGGAUGCCGCUGCCCACCGGCCUCGGCACGGCAGACAUAUUCAAUGACACCAGCGAAGAGACCCUGGAAAGAGCAUACGAGCUGUGGGUCAAGGACUGCCAGACAGUGCUGGAGGAGGAGCUGCAAGCCCAAGGUGAUGGCCCUGCCCCAGGCCUGAGCUGUUUGCCACUGUAAGGUAAUGGGCAGAACUGAAUCCUGAACAAGAUAAAUCCAGAAGCACCCGUGAAACUGCACCCACCCCAGAGCUGCGUGGAACAAGCAGAAUAUUGGCAUCUGAUGUGAUUUACCUUUUCCAAUUGCUUUGUUUGAAAGGGAAUCCCUUAUUGCUGAAGAAGUGAAACCACCGAGUGCCUGUAGUGUAGCUCAUAGCAAGAAACCUUCUUUCAGGGAGAGUGAGCAGGAUUAUUCAUUUAUUUAGUUAAUCCAAGCUGGUAACUGCCAUGGCCAUUGCCACUGGUAUCCCUCCUUGCUUGUGCUUGGAGCCCUGACACGAGCAGGUGUAGCUG